AUGGGAAACCAAAACGAGAUAAUUGCUAUUCAGCAGGGCACAUCGGAACCGAGACUGUACCCAGAGAAGGUCCAGGAAGAUGAGUACACCUACCCACAAGCACCUAUCCACAAGUACCUACUCACCAAACACCUACCCACCAAGUACCUACCCACCGAGCAACUACCCAACAAGCACCUACCCAACAAGCACCAACCCAACAAACACCUAGGCACCAAGCACCUACCCAACAAGAAACUACCCAACAAGAACCUACCCAAAAAGCACCUACCCAACAAGAACCUAACCACCGAGCACCUACCCAAAAAGCACCCACCCAACAAGCACCUACCCAAAAAAAAUUUAGACACCAAGAACCUACCCAACAAGCACCUACCCAACAAGCACCCACCCAGCAAGCACCUACCCAACAAGCACCUACCCAAAAAGAAGCUACCUAACAAGAACCUGCUCAACAAGCACCAUCCCAAAAUGCACCUACCCAACAAUCACCCACCCAACAAGCACCUGCCCAACAAUCACCCACCCAACAAGCACCUACCCAAAAAGAAGCUACCUAACAAGAACCUGCUCAACAAGCACCAUCCCAACAUGCACCUACCCAACAAUCACCCACCCAACAAGCACCUGCCCAACAAUCACCUACCCAACAAGCACCUACCCAAAAAGCACAAACACCUAGGCACUAAGUACCUACCCAACAAUAACCUACCCAACAAGAACUUACCCAACAAGCUCCCACCCAACAAGCACCUACCCAACAAACACCUAGGGACCAAGCACCUACUCCACAAGAACCUACCCAAUUAG